CCGACUCAGGUUUACGCUGCAAUGGAGUUCGUCUUCUAUUACUUCACGCCCUCAAUGGCAGCGGCAGUCAUCUUCACCCUGCUAUUCGCCUCCUCUAGUCUUCUACACCUCUAUCAACUUGUUCGAACAAGGACAUGGUUUAUGAUUCCUUUCUGUGUCGGCGCCGUGUUGGAAACAAUUGGUUACAUUGGACGUAUAUUGUCUUCAAAAGAAGCACCGGACUUCACCAAGGGUCCUUAUAUCAUGCAAAGCGCCUUGAUCCUGAUCGCGCCGGCUUUCCUCGCUGCCAGCAUUUACAUGACUCUCGGACGCAUCAUUCACAUGCUUGAUGCAGAGAAGAUCUCCCUGAUCAGAGUCGGCUGGCUCACGAAGAUUUUUGUCGGCGGUGAUGUUCUUUCUUUCUUGAUGCAAGCCUCCGGUGCCGGGAUUCUCGUCAGCAGCUCGAAUGGCCCCUCUACUGGCGAGCACAUUAUCAUCGGUGGUCUGUUCGUUCAAAUAGUCUUUUUCGGCCUGUUCGCCAUCAGUGCAGUCAUUUUUCAGACACGAGUGAACAAAGCGCCAACAGGCCGAUCGAUCGAACUGAAGCACAUCUGGACACGCCACAUGAUGGCUCUCUACGUGGCUAGCAUCUUGAUCCUGAUUCGAUCCGUCGUCCGUGUGGUCGAAUACCUUGAGGGUUACGAUGGAUAUUUGAUGAAGCAUGAGGUCUUUAUAUAUGUGUUUGAUGCCCUUCUCAUGUUCAUCACUGUGCUUGCCCUGAUCUAUGUGCACCCAAGCCAGAUCAAUGUCUUGAUUGGGAGAGGUACGAAGUAUUCUGAGAAGGCUGUUCGGAUCCAUGUGUAUACUCCGACUUCGGUACUUGAGAUGGAUCGCUCAACUGAUGUGUGA